ACGGCCGGGUGCCGCGGUCGCCCUGGAUGGGCCAUCACCUGGCACACGGCCGGCGCGGCGGGUCUGCGGGUCUGCUGCCCGAGACCGGCCGCCCCAGAGCAGCGGCCGCCGGGCGCGCCGGGCGGCCACAGUGGAGCACCGACGGAGCACCUGGCCGCACGCGGCGCAGAGCACGGCGGUCGACGGUCGCGGUCAGCCACAGCGACGGCAGGUCCUGCCGCGGACAGAACAGCGACGCGUGGGGACAUCGCUGGUGAUCGGUGACUAGACUAAACACCCAAACAGAUCGAUUGUGGUGUCAGUGGUGAAACGGCUGCUUAUCCCAAACGGUGGCUGUUUGUGUUUACACAGGCGGUGCCAGCGUAAAAGAGAAACACGUCAAAGUGAAGUGGUGCUGUAAGAGGUGUUUUGACACCCCAAACAUCUACAGAAGGAGCCUACCCGGUAUCAGGCUGGGGCACAACACCGUAUCGGUGUAGCCGUCACAGUUUGUCAUAGCAGAAGGCGACAAUUCAUCCCAUUCUGAGGACUUCACUCAACCAAAACAAACCGCACAUCGCAUCCUAUCCCAUACUUUUCCAUAUCACCCACCGCCUCCGCCACUCGCUUGUAUCACUCGCCCGCCUGUCUAUCCCGCCUGCCCCGCCCGCCUGUCCAUCCCGCCUGUCCAUCCCGCCUGUCCCGCCCGCCUGCGUCGCCGCCUGCGCCGGUCGUCGGGGCGAUGACAGCGGUGACAGCAUGAGGGGUCGGCUGGUGCUCGAGCAGCUGAUGCGACUGUUCAUCAUCGUCGUCUGCCUGACGCUGAUGGUUCCCGCUGACGCCAUCUGGUGGGCAAUUGGUUCACCUCUGCUGAUGGAUCCCGACCGCGUGUGUCGCCGGCUGCGACACGCCCGAGGCCGCCGAUCGCGCAUCUGCCGCCGGCAGCCAGAGGUCAUUGAACAGGUGCACAAGGGUGUCGCCCUGGCCACCAAGGAGUGCCAGUUCCAGUUCCAGAACCGGCGCUGGAACUGUACCACCGACAGACGCAGCCUGAAGCGGAUACUGAUGAAGGAUCUGCGUGAGACCGGUUUCGUAAACGCCAUCACGUCAGCAGGACUGAUGCACGCCAUCACCGCGGGCUGUUCGCGGGGUCACAUCAUCGACUGCACCUGUGAGGUGCCGGUGUCGGUGCGUAAGACCGACCACCGAUGGUCGUGGAGCGGCUGCGGCGAUAACGCCGUGUACGGCUACAAGAAGUCGCGCCAGUUCCUGGAGGCGCUGUUCCGCCGCAAGGCUGACGUCAAAACGCUCAUCAUGCUGCACAAUAACGAGGUCGGACGACUGGCGAUCCGGCGGCACAUGCGUCUGGCGUGCAAGUGUCACGGCCUGUCCGGCUCGUGCACGGUACGCACGUGCUGGCGCCGGAUGCCGCAGUUCCGGGAGGUCGGCGACCGGCUCCGGAUCAGCUUCGACAAGGCCGUGCGCGUGAUGCCCGGAAACGACGGCAAGAGUCUGGCGCCGGCCGAGGAGGGACUCCGGCUCCGGCGCACACUCGUCUACGCCGAGAAGAGCCCGUCGUUCUGCGAGCCGAACCGACGGCUGGGCAGUCUGGGCUCGCAGGGGCGCCGGUGUCAGCUGGAGGGGGACGGGUGUCUGACCAUGUGCUGCGAGCGUGGCUUCACCACCGUGCAGCUCAACACCACCGUCAACUGCCGGUGUCGCUUCCACUGGUGCUGCGAGGUCACUUGCGACAAAUGUCCGCAUGUGGAGACUCAGCAUUUCUGCCGGUAGUGUCGCUCUUUGCCGCCAGAGGGGCGGGCGACGUCGGUGUUCGUGUCUAAAUAGGUGUUGCUAGCAUCGCUGUUGAUUGAGAAGGGGUGAUGUGCCUUCUUGAUGCUGUGGUUAUUUACGCGCUUAUGAAGUGAGCCAUGAGUGUCAGGGCGAGAGAUGCUAGGUGUUUAUAUUGUUUUGAAUGAAGUGUGAUGUUGAGUGCAGGUCCAUUUGUGAUUUUAACCUUGAAAUGCGCACGACUCAAGGCUGGCAAGUGCAUAAGAUGCCUUUAUGUCUCAUUUGCGGUGCCUAGAGCAUUGGUGCCUGAGACACUCCCCAGACUUGUCUAUGCUAAACGUACCAUUCAGAAAAUAAUCGGUGUACCUACCUGUGCCGCUUUACCAGCUGUGUCGAUGUGCAUUCGAGUGCAAUUUGAGCGACACGACGAUAGCGAAUAUUGAAAAUACAUGUCAUCCAAAGAUGUCAUUGCUGUUGAAUGUUGAGAAACUGUUCGGCAAUAAAUGAUCCUCUGCAAUUUA